AGGCAACGGGUUGACGAUUGCGGACUGACGUAUUAUUUCAGUCAAAUGUUGGUGGUUGUGUGAUACGAACGUUAGUUGUUUUCUUUUAGUAAUUAUAAUUUCGGGAAUAACCAAUGCUAUAAAAAUUGUGAUUAUGCUUGUUUUGCUGUUACUCGGCGCGGCAGUGGUGUAUGCAGGGCCUAUCAAAGAUGAGACGAAGUGUGGUUAUGAGAGUUGCAUCAAAUACGACCCAUCCGUUUUAAACGUGCACAUAGUGCCGCACACGCAUGACGAUGUCGGCUGGCUGAAAACAGUCGAUCAAUACUAUUAUGGGAGUCGGAAUUACAUACAGAAAGCUGGAGUGCAGUAUAUUUUAGAUUCUGUUAUAAAAGAACUGUGGCAAGAUCCGAAAAGACGUUUCAUAUACGUGGAGACAGCGUUCUUCUGGAAGUGGUGGACCCACCAGGGGGACGACGUACGCCACAAGGUCCACACCCUGGUGAGGGCUGGCAGGCUGCAGUUCGUUGGCGGCGCUUGGAGUAUGAACGAUGAGGCCGCGUCUCAUUAUCAGAGCACCAUUGAUCAGUUCACUUGGGGUUUGAGGAAACUAAACGAAACCUUCGGCGCCUGUGGCAUACCGCGUGUGGGCUGGCAGAUAGACCCGUUCGGCCAUUCCAGAGAGUUUGCCUCGCUAUUAGCCGCUAUGGGGUACGACGGACUCUUUUUGGGGAGAAUCGACUACCAGGAUAAGAGAGCGAGAUUAAGGAACAGGGAGAUGGAAAUGGUGUGGAGGGGGGAUGAUGAUUUGGGUAACUCAUCAGAUAUAUUUACGGGGGUAUUGUACAACACCUACUCCCCGCCCCCAGGGUUCUGUUUCGAUGUGCUAUGCGAUGAUGAGCCUAUCAUUGAUGACCCGGAUUCGCCCAUGUUCAAUGUGGACGAGAGGGUGAAAACAUUUUUGGAUAUAGCAACGAACAUGUCGAACGGAUACAAAACAAAUAAUAUUUUGAUCACAAUGGGUGAAGACUUUCACUAUCAAGACGCGAACAUGUGGUUCCAGAACCUUGACAAACUGAUCGAAUAUGCGAAUUUGAAAGCAGCCAAGGACGGCCUCGACAUCAAACUGUUUUACUCGACGCCCGAUUGUUAUUUGAGAGCUGUUAAAGACGCCAACCCAACACUACCAAUAAAGCAGGAUGACUUCUUCCCAUACGCGAGUGAUCCCACCGCCUACUGGACCGGCUAUUUCACUUCCAGACCCACCACCAAGUACUUCGAGAGAUUGGGUAAUCGCUACCUCCAGGUUCUCAAACAGCUGCAGGUUGUAUCUCAUUUGAAGGAACACAAUAAAUUCGUGUUGAAUGAGUUGUUGAGCGCUAUGGGCGUUAUGCAGCACCACGACGCAGUAACAGGCACUGAGAAAGAGCACGUGGCGCACGAUUACGAGAGACUGCUGGAUGCUGCUAUAGAUGACGCCAGCAUCAUCGCUAGGCAGGCUUUUAAUAAAAUAUCGCAAAGGAGCGACACAAAACCACCCAUUUAUGAAUACGAGAGAUGUCGCUUUAACGAAUCGAGUUGCAGUGUGUCGGAGAAUAGUGAACAAUUUGUGGUAACAAUGUACAACCCGUUGGGCUGGAGGGUGAAGCAGCCGAUACGCAUCCCAGUCGUGGAGGGGAAAUAUUCUGUGUUUUCCCCUAAAGGCGAAGAAAUCGAAACGCAACUAGUGAAAAUACCAGAUUUCGUUCAAAACAUACCGACUAGGCAGUCAAAGGCCACGCACGAAUUAGUUUUUCUAGCAUAUCUGCACCCACUUGGCGUAAAGUCGUAUUAUAUAAGGAGGAAAAGAAACAUUUCUAAACGUAACACGAAAAAAUCCAACGACAUCUAUCUGAAUGUCAACGAUUAUUUCAAAAAUAUCAAAGACAACAUAGAAUUUGAAUACAUAGACGACGUUAAUAGACAAGAGAAAGAUGUACCAGAAAUAUAUAUAAGUGAACCGUUUAGAAGUGUUAAUAAAAAGAUUGACAUUCAAGAAAAGAUAGACGAAUUGAGUGGGGAUACAGCAGAUCGGAAGGUCUUAAAAGAUAAAUCUGGCGCGCAAGUUAGUGAAAAGCUUGAAAAUGACAAUGAUAAGAUAGAUGAUGCGAACGCAGAUAAAGCGGAUUGGAAUGUUCUAAAAGAUAAAGAUAGUACAAAAGAUUAUAUAGAUGAAGUGGAGAGAUUGAAAGGUAUAGAAAGAGUUCUGUAUAGGAGUAGAAACUAUCCGUUCGUUAAUGAUGAUGAGAUUCGGAUGCUGGCUGAUGAACCAGCUAUAAUAGAGAGAGCUGAUGAAAGCUACAUCGAAAAUGAGCAUUUCAAACUGCGACUCGACGGCAGCGGCCAAAUCACACACUUGAUACUCCCCGAUCGGACAAGCAAUUUCAACGUACAAUUCUUCUACUGGACCGGUUGCGUUGGCGACAACAAAAAGCCGGAGCAACGAUCCUCCGGCGCUUAUAUAUUCAGACCGAAAACGACACAGCCGUUUGGCAUGUCGCUGAAUAUUACAGGAAAACCUAUAGGUCGCGUGGUGCAAGAGGUGUGGCUGGAAAGCGACCAAAACGUAGCGGCAAUAGUUCGUUUUUACGAUAAACUCAAAUUCAUGGAAAUAGACUACACAGUCGGGCCCAUAGACAUCACAGACGGCAGCGGCAAAGAGUACAUAAUCAGAUACGAAACAAACAUCGUCAAUAACGGUGUUUUUUACACAGAUUCGAAUGGAAGGCAAUAUCUAAAACGGAAACUGAACGAGCGGCCGCAAUGGAAUCUGACAUUGGAGGAGCCGAUAGCUGGCAACUAUUAUCCUGUCACAAAUGACAUUUCCAUAGACGACGGCGUCUAUCGCAUGUCAGUUUUGACAGAUCGCUCGCAUGGCGGCAGCUCGCUGCAGGAAGGGCAAAUAGAGCUCAUGCUACACAGACGGCUGCUGCAUGACGACGCGUUCGGUGUGGGCGAAGCGUUAAAUGAAACGGCGAAUGGGAAGGGCCUGGUUGUUAGAGGGAGACAGAGAGUGCUGUUCGAAAAGUCGGAUCAGCGUGUAGAGAAACAGAAGCGCAUUUAUGAAUACCAUUUGGAGCCGAUCGUGUUUGUGGCGGAUGCGAAAGACUUGGAACUCAAUGACUGGGUUACUCUCGAUAAUUGUUUCAUUGGCUUGAAGAAAGAACUGCCGGAAGGAGUUCACUUGCUCACUCUGGAGCCGUGGAGUGAAGGGAGAGUGUUGAUAAGAUUCGAGAACUAUCUGCAGAAAUCGGUGAAUUCGACGCGGGCAGUCGAUUUCAAUGAUAUAUUUUCGUUUUUGACGUUUGUACGGUUCAGGGAGACGACACUAGCGGCAAAUCAAUGGUUGGGAAGAGAUAAAUGGACUUGGAAUAAAGAGAAAGAGUUUGUGGGGAGUUUUAAUAAGAAUUAUGGGUCGUUUGAUGAUGUCAGCAAUAAUGGUGAAGAAGAUAGUGUAACAGCUGAUGAUGGUUUUGUUAUACAGUUAAAGGCGAAACAAAUUAGAACAUUUAUUGCAGAUUAUGUGAUUUCUAUGUGAUUAAAGUAUGAACAACGAUU